AUGAAUCUACUUUCAAGCAUGCAGAUUCCGAUCCUGCUCUUCACGCUUCUGGGGCUCGUUUUCGCGGGAAUCAUCGAGAAACCCAAAGAGUCUGACACUGGAGGUCAAGCUGGAUUCCCCGUUAACCCAGAGAAGCGGUGGCCUCGGAGUAUAGCCUUCGAAGUCAUAAUCCCCUGGUGCUUCAAAGACGCUGCCUCCGAGCAAGCCAUCGGCCCAGCCAUCGACCGCGGUUGGGAAACCUGGACACGUACGCUGGGCCUAGCUUCCCCUCAAAACGGCCACAAUCUGCAUUUCAAGCGUUGGAUGCCAUACAACACAAACCAAUACCCAUACUGCCACGACGCGAACGGCCAUUGGAAUGACCGAAUGCCUGCCGAUGCCGUCAUGGUAUCUUAUACCCACGAUUUCGGAGGGUUUCAGGCACGAGCUACAGUGGGUUACAAUCCGGAAAACAGACCGGGGAGACACCAAAUUAUCAUGUCCCAGGCCCACAACAUGGAUUGGACUGCCGCACAUGAAAUUGGUCAUGUCUUUGGCCUUUUACACGAGCACCAGCGCCCCGACCGAGAUUUCUUCAUUCAUUUCGAUUGUAGGAACGUGCAGGGUUACCAACAGGCACUGGCUCAGGCCCAGGCCGAUGGAUACACUAACGAACAGCUCUGCGAGCAGCCUGGUGUUGCUCUAAGGUACGGGUGGCUCGGCUCAGAGUUCAUCAAGUUCAAGCCGCUCUCCGCGGAUAUCAUUACGCCAUAUGAUAUCAACUCCAUCAUGCAUUACGAUUGUCGUUUUGGUGCUGAUCAUGCUAGGUGGGGGCAUGAUCCUACAAAUCCUACGUUGUACCCGUUGUUCACGUUUAAUCCGGAGCGAACUAUGUCUUUCCUCUUGCCUCUCAAAGGUGGCAGGCCUUAUCCGCACUUCGAUAUUUCUGCUGGUGAUGCGGCUACGAUCCGGGCUAUGUAUCCUUUUUACCCUACACAUCUAAAGGGAUAG